AUGUCUAUGGCGCUUGUUAUGCACAACAAAGAGGCAUUGAAUAAGCAACAGAUGGAUUCAAGCAAGUAUGUGAGAUAUACACCCGAGCAAGUAGAGGCUUUGGAGAGGGUGUACGCAGAAUGUCCAAAGCCUAGUUCUUUGAGAAGGCAGCAGCUCAUCAGGGAAUGCCCUAUCCUCUCUAACAUUGAGCCCAAGCAGAUCAAAGUCUGGUUUCAAAACCGCAGAUGCCGUGAAAAGCAGAGGAAGGAAGCUUCCCGUCUUCAGACUGUUAACAGAAAGCUGACUGCAAUGAACAAGCUGUUGAUGGAGGAGAAUGAUCGAUUGCAGAAGCAGGUGUCACAUCUGGUUUAUGAGAAUGGAUACAUGCAACAACAGCUGCACACUGCUUCUGCAACGACCACAGACAAUAGCUGUGAGUCUGUGGUCAUGAGUGGUCAACAACAGCAAAACCCAACACCUCGGUGUCCUCAAAAGGAUGCUAACAACCCAGCUGGUCUUCUCGCGAUCGCUGAGGAGACCCUGGCAGAGUUCCUUUCCAAGGCUACUGGAACCGCUGUCGACUGGGUCCAGAUGAUUGGGAUGAAGCCUGGUCCGGAUUCUAUGGGAAUCGUUGCUGUUUCCCGCAACUGUAGCGGUGUAGCAGCACGAGCCUGCGGCCUUGUGAGUCUAGAGCCCACAAAGGUUGCUGAAAUCCUCAAAGAUCGUCCAUCUUGGUUCCGUGAUUGCCGAUGCGUGGAUGUGUUGAGUUCAAUUCCUACGGGAAAUGGUGGGACAAUUGAGCUCAUGUACAUGCAGACUUAUGCACCGACAACAUUGGCUGCUGCACGUGACUUUUGGACACUGAGAUAUACUACUAGUUUAGAAGAUGGGAGUCUUGUGAUAUGCGAGAGGUCAUUAACUAAUUCUACUGGUGGGCCAACUGGGCCUCCCACCUCGGGGUUUGUUAGAGCUGAAAUGCUUCCUAGUGGCUAUCUGGUCCGACCUUGUGAGGGUGGAGGCUCCAUCAUUCACAUUGUUGAUCAUGUUGAUUUAAAUGUUUGGAGUGUUCCCGAGGUUCUCAGGCCCCUCUAUGAGUCAUCAAAGAUGAUUGCCCAGAAAAUGACAAUGGCUGCCUUGAGGCACAUUCGACAAAUUGCUCAGGAGACCAGUGGAGAAAUUCAGUAUGGUGGGGGUCGACAGCCUGCUGUUUUGAGGACAUUUAGUCAGAGGCUCUGCAGGGGCUUCAAUGAUGCUAUCAAUGGCUUCCUGGAUGAUGGUUGGUCACUUAUGGGUAGUGAUGGUGUGGAAGACGUGACCAUUAUGAUAAAUUCAACACCAAACAAAUUUCUUGGGUCUCAGUAUAAUGCAUCAAUGUUCUCAUUUGGAGGGGGUGUGCUCUGUGCCAAGGCAUCAAUGCUGCUGCAGGAUGUUCCUCCUGCUUUGCUUGUUCGUUUUCUAAGGGAACAUCGUUCAGAGUGGGCUGACUAUGGGGUUGAUGCCUUUGCUGCAGCAUGUCUUAAGUCUAGUCCUUAUGCAGUUCCAUGUGCAAGGCUGGGUGGCUUCCCCAGUAGCCAGGUCAUUUUACCUCUUGCCCAUACCGUGGAGCACGAGGAGUUCCUGGAGGUAGUUCGGCUAGAGGGUCAUGCUUUCUCCCCUGAAGAUGUAGCAUUGGCACGUGAUAUGUACUUAUUGCAGCUGUGCAGUGGAGUUGAUGAGAAUGCUGUUGGUGCCAGUGCUCAGCUUGUUUUCGCUCCCAUUGAUGAAUCUUUUGCUGAUGAUGCUCCUUUGCUGCCAUCUGGCUUCCGUGUCAUUCCGCUGGACCCGAAAACAGACGGGCCUGCUGCAUCUCGGACAUUGGAUUUGGCAUCUACGCUUGAAGUUGGACCUGGGGGUGUCCGUCCAGCGGGCGAAGCUGAUCUGAGCAAUUACAACCUUAGGUCGGUCCUCACUAUUGCAUUCCAAUUUACUUUUGAGAGCCACUUGAGAGACAAUGUUGCUGCUAUGGCUCGUCACUACGUACGAAGUGUGGUGGGGUCUGUCCAGAGGGUUGCAAUAGCUAUUGCUCCUUCCCGGCUGGACUCAAAUAUUGGGACCAAGUCUCUUCCUGGUCCUCCUGAGGCUGUUACAUUGGCACAGUGGGUUUGCGGAAGUUACAGGAUUCACACUGGGGGAGAACUGUUUCGUGUCGACUGCGAAGCUGAUGAUGCAUUGUUGAAGCAACUCUGGAAUCAUUCGGAUGCGAUCAUGUGCUGCUCCCUAAAGACAAAUGCAUCUCCCGUUUUUACCUUCGCGAACCAGGCUGGUCUUGAUAUGUUAGAGACUACUAUGGUUGCACUUCAAGAUAUUAUGCUCGACAAGAUUCUCGAUGAAGCUGGUCGGAAGAUCCUCUGUUCCGAGUUCUCUAAAAUCAUGCAGCAGGGUUUUGCGUAUCUGCCAGCAGGGAUCUGUGUGUCGAGCAUGGGGAGGCCGGUGUCGUAUGAGCAGGCGGUUGCUUGGAAAGUUCUGAACGACGAGGAUUCAAACCAUUGCCUUGCCUUCAUGUUCAUCAACUGGUCCUUUGCUGAUGAUGAACAAAGAUAAUUUGAAACCGACUUUCCUAUCUAUUUAAGUUAUAUUUGCUUUACCUUAGACCCUUAAAAAUGCCAUGGCAUUUCGUUGAUGUUAUCGUGGGAGGAUAUAAUGUAUUAUGUGUAUGGCUACACUCUGGUUUCUGUGGUCUUGGAAGACAUGUUGAAACUUGAAACUCCAACGCA